UAAACGAAUUGCAAGGUGUUGAUUGGUUGUUUUGAUUGGUAAGGAAACGCAAGGCGCUCAAGUGGUCUGUUUUGUGUUUGUAGGUAAUACGGCAGACAUUUAUGAUAUAAUAUAAAUAAAUACUAUUUACCUACCGACACAGUGGAGAAAAUUCCUGAUAUUGGACCCAUUUGUAUUUGCAUUUCCACAAGUCGUGACACUAUUUAGAAAUGGGCUGUUUCUUUUCUAAGAAAUCCAAAAGAAAAUCAUCCAAAAAGGAUCUUACUCCCCCGACGACAGAAAACACGACUAACAAUGCGGCCAGCGACAACGUUGAAGAGGCACCAAAGUACAGCUGGGACAAGCGAGAGAAGGUGGACCCUAAGGACUUCAUGCUGACGGGACUCAAGGAUGCUACAGUUGGCCGCCUACCGGGUAAACUCAACGGGCAGCAGUUUGUCAUACAGGAGUGUGAGAACUGCAGCAUCUUCAUCUUGGACCACUCGGCCACCAUCACGAUUGACGACUGCGUCAACUGCCGCGUGGUGCUGGGCCCCGUCAAGGGCAGCGUCUUCUUCCGAGACUGCAAGGAGAUUAAGUGCGUGGUGGCGUGCCAGCAGUUCCGCACCCGCGACUGCAAAAAGAUGGAGGUGUUCCUGUGCUGCGCCACCCAGCCCAUCAUAGAAUCCUCCACGGGCAUGAAGUUCGGCUGCUUCCAGUACCACUACCCCGAGCUGGCCGCCCACUUCAAGGACGCCGGGCUGAGCGUCUUCAACAACAACUGGAGCAACGUGCACGACUUCACUCCGGUUUCCGGGGAGACCAACUGGAGCCUGCUUCCCGAGAACACCUCGGUGCUGGACUGCGUCCCCCCGCCGGACAACGAAUCCGAGUUCGGGUCCGUGCGCGUCUCCGCCGACGCCCAGCAGAGCGUCGUGCCCCUGACCCACGGCGGGAGGCGUAAGGUCAGCGAGGAGUCCUGCCUCUGCAUGUUCUUCGCUGGGGAGCACACGGCCGCCAACGCCAGGAAACUCAUCCAUGAGGCGACACAGAAGGGGUUUGUUCUCAUCCAAACCAAGGAGGUGUCAAUGCGCCCUGAAGAUGUCAAAAGGGUGUUCCACAACAAUGCGGACGGGCUCACGGAGUUGAUCACUAAAGGUCCUGUUGUGGCUCUGGAGUUGAACGGAGAUGGUGUGGUGGAGGCUUGCCGGAAAAUUUCCAGUGAAGUCUUCAAUGGAACCAAGCUUUUUGUUUCAGAAAACAGGAAUUCGUCCUCAGCCGAUGUGGACAACUUCUUCAAUUUUGCGGACAUGCAAAUGGGAUUAUGAAACUCUGAAACCUGGAAGGAAAAAUUCAGUAUCUGAUUUUUUGUGUAUACAUUUGAGGCCAAAAGUUUACGUACACCUAAGCUAAAGAUAUUCAGUUUUUCACAACUCCGCACAUUUCAUGGUGCAAUACAUUUCUUUUGGCUAGUCAAUUUGGGCAUCUACUUUGUUCACAUCAGACGUAAUUUUAAAACAAUCAAUU